GUUCGGGGUGUCCCUGGGGGGGUCCCCCGUGCUGGGGGCGGCCGCCUGGCCCUGGCCCUGGGUGCCGGUUGUGGGGGUGCUGCUGUCGGCGGGGGGGGCGGGGCUGCAGGCCCUGCUGGGGGGGUCCCGCCUGCUGCGGGGGCUGGCCCGGACACAGGCCCUGCCCCUCCCACACGCCCUGUCCCGGGGUCGGCUCUGGCCGUUGGUGGCCACGGCGGCCACGGCCACUCUGGGGGUCCUGCUGGGCUCCCUGGACCUGCUGGCGCCGGUUCUGUCCGUGUUCUGGCUGACGUCGUACCUGGGGCUGAACUUGGCCUGUGCCCUCCAGGGCCUGUUGCCCACCCCGGGCUGGAGCCCCCGGUGCCGCCUCUACCACUGGGGCGAGUCCCUGGGUGGGGCCGUGCUGUGCCUGGGGCUCAUGUUGGUCACCUGA